AUGCCGACGGCGCCUUCUCCUAAGGGCGAUUUCACAACAACCAGCAUGUCUGAUCCAAUGAGUAAGGGUGAACGUAUGCUCAAAGAUGAUGGGGCAGAAGUGGAAUAUCAAGGGUCAACAACACUGCUUGUGGGCUACCUUCCGCCAGAAUCGCAUCAACUGCAUGUCGUCAAUAUUGGGGAUUCUUCAUUGAUGCAGAUCCGUCAAGGGACUGUGCUCUUUGAGACGGAGCCGCAGUCGCAUUGGUUUGACUGUCCUUUUCAAAUUGGUCACAAUUCACCGGAUACGCCGCAAAAAUCGGCUGAUCUGACGAGCCUCGACCUCCAAGAAGGAGACAUGCUCGUCACGAGCACAGAUGGGCUAGGGGACAACGUCUAUCCUGCACAGAUUCUCACAGUCAUUGCUGAAGAGCAACGGAGCGCUUUGAAAGACACGGAAGAAGCGCAGCAGGAUGACCUGAACCGUAUCAGUGCUCGCCUUGUCACGUUGGCGCGGGAAAAGAUGGCAGACGAAUGGGGAGAGUCUCCAUUUGGUGACAAGGCCAUUUGCGAAGGCAUCGGCUUUAUGGGUGGCAAAAAGGACGAUGUCAGCAUCCUCGUCACCAAGGUCGUGCGUGCCUAG